CGGCUACUUUCUGUGCCGCUGUACUUCCGGUGUCAGUUAUAGGACGGUGAAUGUAUUGAUUGGACUGUUUUAUAAACCAUUUCAAGGAACAGAAAAUAAUUUAAGGGAUCUCGGGAUUAACUAUUAAAGUCCAGCGGGUUCGCUGUAACUGUGACGUCAGACAUGGACAUCCCAAACGCCCCCGAAGAUCAAGAGCUGAGGAAUGUCAUCGACAAGCUGGCCCAGUUCGUAGCUCGGAACGGGCCAGAGUUUGAGAAGAUGACGAUGGAGAAACAGAAGGACAACCCUAAAUUCUCCUUCCUCUUUGGGGGGGACUAUUUCAGCUACUACAGAUGCAAGCUUGCUAUGGAGCAACAGCAGCAUCCCUCUACCCACGAUGGGGAGGAAUAUAAUUCUGAAGACAUGUACAACCCAGGAGCCAACGACGUGGUCGAUAUCCCUCCUCCAUCACUGCAGAUAAUCGCUCCUCCUCCGAUUCCUCCGCCUUCUGCGCUCUCUUUUGAUGAGCUCGUUCAACAGAGUCAGUGGAAUCUGCAGCAGCAGGAGCAGCAUCUACACACUCUCAGACAGGAACAAGUGACUGCAGCCAUAGCUCUGGCGACGGAGCAGCAGACCCAAAAGCUGCUGCUGGAAACUCAGUUAGACAUCACAGAGUUUGACAACCUGCUGCAGCCCAUCAUAGACACCUGCACCAAAGACGCCAUCUCUGCUGGUAAGAACUGGAUGUUUACCAACGCCAAGACUCCACAGCACUGUGAGCUGAUGACAUCACAUCUUCGCAACCGCAUCACCGUUGAUGGAGCACAUUUUGAGCUUCGCCUGCAUCUCAUCUAUCUGACCAAUGAUGUCCUCCACCACUGCCAAAGGAAGCAGCAGAAGGACUUGUUGGCAGCGCUGCAAAAAGUCGUAGUUCCCAUCUAUUGCACCAGCUUUCUGGCUGUGGAGGAAGAGAAGCAGCAGAAGAUCACCAGGCUCUUACAGCUUUGGGAGAAGAAUGGCUACUUUGAUGAGGAGACCAUUCAACAGCUCCAGAAUCCAGCACUGGGCCUCGGCCAGUACCAAGCGUCUGUGAUAACAGAAUAUGCUGGGGCUGUGCAGCCCAUUCAGCUCGCCUUCCAGCAGCAGAUUGCAGCUCUGAAGACCCAACAUGAAGAGUUUGUCGGCAGUCUGAAGCAGCAGCAUCUGAACCCUGCCCCUGUAGCGCAGCUAGCUGCCCCCUCUGAGGCUGAAAAAGCCCCACCUAUGACCACACAGGCUGGGGAUGUGAAACCUCCCAUUUCGGGUCCACCUCCAGUGGAGUUUGAUGGAGCUUCAUCCAGACCACAGGAUCCCAGCAACUCUAGUGGACCCUCAGAUAACCCCUCCAACAAGUCUGGGUGGUUUGACCCCCAGCACAUGGGCCCCUGGAACCCCAACCAGCCGCCUCCUUUCGACCCAAAUCAGCCCCCCCCUCCAUGCCCCCCCUGGAACAGCCACGAGGGCAUGUGGAAUGAACAGAGGGACCCUGGGAACUGGAGUGGAGCUCCACCCAGAGAAGGAGGUCCCUGGAGUGGUCCAGGUGGACCUGAUCAAGGCCCUCCAUCCUGGAACUCAUUUGACCAACAGCCGCCCUGGGGGAACCAGCCUGACCAGCCUCCAUGGGGCCAAAGAGAGCCCCCUUUUCCUCCACGCAUGCAGAGACCCCCCCAUUUCAGGGGACCCUUCCCUCCCCACCAGCAGCCUCCUCCUUUCAACCAACCCCCUCCGCCGCCACACAAUUUUGGACGCUUCCCGCCACGCUUCAUGCAGGAUGACUUCCCUCCUCGACACCACUACGACAGGCCCCCGUACACUCCACACCGCUUUGACUACGCUCAGGGAGAAUUUCCUGGAGACAUGCCAGGUCCUCCUCCACAUCACCAUCCCAGCCAGAGGAUCCCUCCACCAGUAAUGGGGGCGUCUGAGCAUCCUCCCUGGGGGGGUGGAGGGCAGCACCAAGAUUUUGGUCCACCCCCCCACGGUUUCAACGGCCACUCGCCCCACGUGCGUCACCGGCAGCAGCAGCAGCAGCAGCAGCCGCAGCAACAGCCGCAGCAGCAGCAUCCAGUCCAAGAUGACCCGAGUCUGGUGCCUAAUGUUCCCUACUUCGACCUGCCAGCUGGUCUCAUGGCUCCGCUGGUUAAACUUGAAGACUGUGAUUAUAAACCUCUGGACCCCAAAGACAUACGGCUGCCCCCUCCAAUGCCGCCUAGCGACCGGCUGCUAGCUGCUGUUGAAGCUUUCUACAGCCCUCCAUCCCACGAUCGUCCUCGAAACAGUGAAGGCUGGGAGCAGAACGGCCUGUACGAGUUCUUCAGGGCCAAGAUGAGAGCCAGGAGGAAAAAAGGCCAGGAAAAACGCAACAUUGCCCGUGGAGGCAGUCGUUCCAGGAGUAAAUCUCGCAGCAGAGGGAGGUCUUCUUCUCAAUCCAGCUCUCAUUCCUCAAAGUCCUCGAGGUCCCGGUCCCGCUCAUCUCGUUCCCGCUCUCGCAGCCAAUCACGCUCCUACUCUCGAUCCAGGUCAAGGAGUAGAUCCAGGUCGUCUCAUAGUCGGUCUCGCUCCAGAUCGAGAUCUCGUUCUCACUCACCUACCACCAAGAGACGGCGGGGACAGAAAUCUCAGAGUGCCUCCCCUCCCUCCACAUCAGCGGUGGGUACCCCGUCCUCCAAAGGGCCUGCAGAGAACCGGCUAGGGGAGGAAAACAAAGGCCAUCAGCUGCUGAUGAAGAUGGGCUGGAGUGGCUCGGGGGGUUUGGGGGCCAAAGAACAAGGCAUCCAGGACCCCAUCAAAGGAGGGGACAUCAGGGACAAAUGGGACCAGUACAAAGGUGUGGGGGUCUCACUGGACGAUCCGUAUGAGAACUAUCGCAGGAACAAGAGCUACAACUUUGUUGCCCGCAUGAAGGCAAGAGAGGAAGUGAAUCGGGAACCUCCAGAGGCCCCUCCAGCUGAGUGAUUUCAUUAUAUCUCCUCAUUCUCCCGUUUGCAACAACCACCAAGAAUCUGAACUUCACAGCACGGUUUCCAGUCAACAAGCCCCUCCUCCUUCCUCUUCAACUCAGAAAGCAGACUCUCUCCUCCCAUGCAGAGUUUAAGGAGGAGUUUGUCCCAGCAGUGAGUGAAGCAGAGUGAGAGCAGUUUUCAGAUCACGUCUAAUAACAAACAUGGAUAAUUAUCGGCCACUAUUUGACUCGCUGAUUGAUUUUUGGGCUUUCUAUGGCUUUUCUGUAGAGAUAAGACAGUGGACAGUCAGAAAUCAGUGACAAAGAGAGAGGGGGGGGAAAGGAGCCACAGGUCGGAUUCGCCACAGUCGCUAAGUUAGUCCAUUCAAAUACAACAAAUAAGUCAAUACAUUUCCCCCUUGAUGGUAUCGCCUUUAAAAUGCUUUAGGUUUUAUUUACAAAGGAUUUUCAAAAUAAAAUAAUUACAUUUUGGAAAAGUUAUCAUGUAAAAGCAGCCUACUUUGAAAUGAACAACAUUACACUGAAAGUAUUUUGAUGAGUGCGGUCAGACAUCUCGUUAUUGGUUCACCUGCUCUGAAGUCAGUCAGUGAUUGGCCGGGGAGAGAGGAGUAGUGAAACAUGUUCUGCCGUUUGUAUGAACUGACUCUUUGUGAUCGUGUUCUGCUGAUUAUUGUGAUACAUUUUUUUAUGUUAUGACUUCUUCUAUGGAGAAAUACUGUCAUUUAGUUGUAGUAUUAAAAUAAAUCCUACAAGACGAUGAGAA